AGAAAAACAAAACUGUAAAACUUGUUGUUUUUGCACUCACGAACACAUAUUCCCAAUAACUAGAGAGAAAUUUUUCCUGGAAUCAUUUUGUAAAAGAAACAUUUCCGUUUUAACAUCCAUCGAAAAUGUCCAACAACAACAACAACAACGACAGCGACGACGAUCAACCACCGAAUCGUUCAGCAUUAACUGAUGCAUGUAUCGAUAUUUGGUUAUUAUCACGAAAAAAUUUCAAAAUUCAAUUCAGACAUCGUUUAGCAACAUUUUUAGAAUUAAUCGUACCAUGUUUAUUAGUAUUAAUGAUUGCUAUUAUUCGUACAAAAGUAUCGGUUACCGAAUUCAAUGAACCAACAAUUUAUCAAGAAUUUGAUUUGCUACAAAUACCAAAAAUAUUGGACCAACAACCGGAAUUUCAAAUUUAUUUUACACCAAAUACAAGUCAAACUAAUCAGAUUAUGGAAAAUUUACUUGAAAAUUUGAAACAAAAAUGUCAAAUUAAUCGAUUAUAUGAAUUAAAAUUACCCUGUCAUCCAUCUAUAACUGGUUUUGAAAAUUCAAACAAAAUGAUUGAUCAAUAUUUAUUGGAUGAUAAAUUUGUAUUAUGCGGUAUAGAAUUUGAACAAUUAACGAAUGAUAAUAUUAAAUUUUCGCUACGUUUUAGUAAUAUACCAAGAACAUUGAAACAAUCAGCUAUGAAAAUUGAAGAUUGGAAAACACAAAUGAUUAUGAUGAAUGUAAUGCCAGCCGGACCAAGAGAUAAAAAUAAUACGAAUGGUGGUCAACCGGGUUAUGAAGAUGAAGGUUUUUUGUUUAUUCAACAUUUAUUAUCAAUGGCUAUUGGUAAAACAUUAUUUGCUAAUGAUAGUAAUUUUGAUUUAUUUAACAUGAUGGAAAUUGAACUAAUGGGACAAAGAUUUCCAUAUCCAAAAUAUAUUGAUGAUAUAUUUUUAUUCAGCCUAAAUUUCCUAUUUCCAUCAAUAUUUUUAUUUAGUUUUUAUUUUUCUGCAAUCAAUCUAACCAAAACUAUUGUUAAUGAAAAAGAAAAACGUAUAAAAGAAUCAAUGAAAAUGAUGGGUUUAAAAGAAAAAUAUCAUUUUAUUGCUUAUUUUAUUAAAUCAAUUCUGUUGAUAAUACCGGCUAUUAUAUUGAUAAUAAUAUUUUUAAAAAUAAGUUUUGCACAUAAUAGUCCACCAAUAUUGAUUACCGAUUCAACAAUAUUGUUUGCAUAUUUUUUUCUUUAUCAAAUUUGUAAUGUUUGUUUUUGUUUUAUGUUGAGUACAUUUUUUUCAAAGGCAAAUUUGGCUGGAAUUUUAACCGGAAUCAUUUCAUUUCUAACUUAUUUACCCUAUUUUCCAAUGAUACAAGAAUACAAUAAUUAUACAUUAUUGGCAAAAAUUAUAAAUUGUUUAAUGCCAAAUACAAACAUGUCAUUGGGUGUAUUUAUAAUGUUAAUGAGAGAAACACGUGGUAUACCCAUUACAUGGAAUAAUAUAUCCGAUCCAGCCAUACCGGAUGAUUCAUUAACAUUUUCAGUUAUAUUGAUAAUGUUUGUAGUAAAUUCAUUAAUCUAUUUAAUAAUAACAUGGUAUGUAACAUUAGCAUUUCCCGGUGAAUAUGGUGUACCAUUACCAUGGUAUUUUCCAUUUACAAAAAAAUAUUGGUUCGAUUCGAAUAAUGUUGAUAAUCAAAAUGAUAAUCAAAAUUCUUCGAAUGAAGAUAUCGAUGAUAUGGAUGAUAAUAAUGAUCAUUUACAAUCAAUUGAAUCAUAUCCAAGAAAUCAUAAAAUUGGUAUUAACAUUAAGAAUCUUUAUAAAACCUAUGAUAAUGGGAAAACAUAUUCGGUUAAAAAUUUAAGUUUUAAAGUAUUUGAAAAUCAAAUUACAGCAUUAUUGGGACAUAAUGGUGCUGGUAAAACAACAACAAUAUCAUUACUUUGUGGCCUGUUUCCACCUACAAAUGGUACAGCCAUUAUAAAUGGUUAUGAUAUUCGUACAGAAAUGAAUCGAAUCCGUUCGAGUUUAGGAAUUUGUCCACAAUCAAAUCUAUUGUUUGAUGAAUUAACUGUUGAAGAACAUUUAGAUUUUUAUUGCCGGCUAAAGCAUACAAAUUUAACCAAUGAACAAAUUAAACAUGAAAUUAAACAAAUGGUUAAAAAAUUAGAUUUAAAAGAUAAAUUUCAUGUACAAGCAAAUUGUUUAUCCGGUGGUAUGAAACGAAAAUUAUCUGUUGGUAUUGCAUUGAUUGGUGGAUCGAAAAUUGUUAUAUUGGAUGAACCAACAUCAGGUUUAGAUGUAUCAGCCAGGCGUUUUAUUUGGGAUUUAUUGUUGCAGGAAAAAACCGGUAGAGUUAUUAUAAUAUCAACACAUUUUAUGGAAGAAGCUGAUAUACUUGGUGAUCGUAUUGCUAUAAUGGAUUUUGGUAGUUUACGUUGUUAUGGUUCAUCAUUAUUUUUGAAAAAACAUUUUGGUGCUGGUUAUCAUCUGAGAAUGGAGAAACGAUCUCCGGAUAUUGAUUCAGAUUUAAUAAAGAAAAUUGUAUUGGAUCAUAUUGAUGGUGCAAAAAUGGAAAGUUCAGUCGGUAUUGAAUUAACAUUUUCGUUACCGAAUGAACAGAUUUCUAAAUUUGGUGCAUUAUUACGUCGUAUUGAAACUGAACUUGUUGAUCAAAUUGUUAAUUAUGGUAUUUCAAUAACAACAAUGGAAGAAGUUUUCCUUAAAGUUGGUAGCCAUAAUCAACAAAAAACAAAUGAAUCAUUGGGUGAAAUUGAUGGUAAAUCAUCUUCAGCAUCUGCCAUCAAUAUUGGUAAUGGUAAUCAUUCAACAACAACAACAACAACAAAAAUGGUAGCAAAAGUAAAAAAUUCUGGUAAAAAAUUAAUUGGACAACAAUUUUAUGCCUUAUUGAUCAAACGUAUACUUUAUUCCAUAAGAAAUCCAAUAUUAACAUUAACACAAUUCAUUCUACCAAUAUUAAUAUUAAUAUCAACAUUAUUAAUGAUGCGUUCAAUACCACAAUUAGCACCAUUUCGUAAAUUAGAAAUGAGUCUGAAUCAAUUUCAUAAUCCAUUAGUAAAAUAUUUUGUACAAAAUGAUAGUCGAUCAUUAUCGUUGGCAAAUGAUUAUGCUGAAACAUUAAUGAAUGAAAUUCAUUCAGAUAGAAUUAUUGCCAUACCGGAUGUUAAUGAAACAAAAAUUAUCGAUGAAAUUAUAUCGGUUAAUAAUUUUGUUUAUAAUUAUGAAUUUGUAACAUCGGCUUUAUUUCAAUAUGCAAUGGAUUCAAAAUUUGAAUUAAAAAUAACGGCAUUGUUUAAUGAUCAACCAUUUCAUACACCAUCCAUAUCGUUACGUUAUAUUGAUCAAGCACUAUUAAGACAUUUUUAUAAUCGAAAAAACAUUCAAUUAUCCGUAUCAAAUUAUCCAAUGCCAUUGACUAUAAAGGAAAAAUUUUCCAAACUUAAAAUACCUAUAAAUGUUCAAGGUGAUUUCCAGGUUAUACAAUCAAUCAUUAUGGGUUUAUCAUUUUUUCUAAGCAGUUAUGCUAUAUUGAUUGUUGAUGAACGUAUUUCGAAAGCAAAACAUUUACAAAAAAUAUCCGGUUUACGUAUGUUUUAUUAUUGGCUUUCAUUUUUAUUAUGUGAUUUUAUAUUAUAUCUUUUAUCGAUUGUAUCGAUCAUCAUUACACUGCAAGCAUUCAAAGUUGAUAAUCUACAUGAAGAUCAACAAUCAUUUUAUUUAUUUGUUGGUUAUGGUUUAUGUGGUUUAGCAUUAAUACCAUUCGUUUAUUCAGCAUCAUUUUUCUUUUCCAUCCCAGCUACAGCAUAUGCAAGAUUAAGUUUAGUGCUUAUACUAAGCAGUAUAACAUCAAUGAUUGCCGAUCAAUUAACAGCAAUCAAACAAUUUGAUCUAAUGAAUAUUAACCAUGCAUUGAAACCAAUAUUUCAUCUAUUUAUACCAUUAUUUGAUAUAAGUAAAAUUACAAGUAAUCUACAAACAAAUUAUCGUAAUAAUAAAAUUUGUCAUAUGGAAUAUAAUGGUAUUUCUAUACAAAAAUUAUGUAAAUUUUUGAAUAGUACAUUUCAUGAUGAUAGAAUGGAAGCAUUGCGUCCUUGUUGUAAAGAUUACUGUAAUGAAACUUGUUUGAAUUUUGAAGAAAAUUAUUUUUCAUUAAAUGAUCCUGGAAUUGGUUCAAGUUUACUGUAUGUAAUUGGUUCGGCAAUAAUCUAUUGGUUGGCAUUAUUUUUAAUCGAAGUAAAUACAAUUGUAUCAUUGAAAACAUUUAUUGAAUUAAUUCGCAGAAAAUUUACGGAAAAAUCUGAACCAAUAAUAUAUUCAUCUGAAUUAAUACCGGAUGAUGAUGUACAAUCGGAAAAAUCAUUUGUAAAUAAAAUUGUUUCAACCGGACAAUAUACAAAAUAUUCAUUGGUUAUAAAUAAUUUACAAAAAAUUUAUGGAAAAUUUACAGCCGUUGAUAAUAUUUCAUAUUGUGUUGGUGUUGGUGAAUGUUUUGGUCUGUUGGGUGUAAAUGGUGCUGGAAAAACAACAACAUUUAAAAUGAUAACGGGUGAUGAAUCAAUUACAUCGGGUGAUAUAUUUAUUAAUGGUUUUGAUGUUACAAAAGAACCAUAUAAAACAUUAGGACAAAUUGGUUAUUGUCCACAAUUUGAUGCAUUAUUUGAUGAUUUAACUGGUGAAGAAAUAUUAAGAUUUUAUUCACGUUUAAGAGGAAUACAAGAAAAAGAUAUUGAUGAACAAAUUACUGAAUUAAGUCAACUUUUAUAUUUUGAAAUGUAUUUGAAUAAAUUAUCAAGUACAUAUAGUGGUGGUAAUAAACGAAAAUUAAGUACAGCAAUUGCUUUAUUGGGAAAUCCGGCUGUAUCAUUUUUGGAUGAACCAACAUCAGGUGUUGAUCCAGUUGCACGACGUUGUCUUUGGGAAGCAAUCGGUCGUAAACUUAAACAAAAUAUUUCCAUUGUACUGACAUCACAUUCAAUGGAAGAAUGUGAAGCAUUAUGUAAUCGUUUAAUAAUAAUGGUAAAUGGACAAAUUACUUGUAUUGGUAGUCCAUUACAUCUGAAAAAUAAAUAUGGUAAUAGUUAUAAUCUUACAUUGAAAGUUUCACAAAAUCGACUUUUCGAUCAAAGUUUUCGUCGUCAAUCAUACAAUGAAUUGGAGAAAAAAAUUGAAAAAAUCAAAUCAUUUAUGUUGCAAACAUUUCCAACAAGUAAACUAAAAGCUAUACAUAAUAAUCAAUUAGAAUAUAUAAUACAAAAUCAAGAUGAUUAUAUUUUACGUUGUAGUGAAAUAUUUGAUGUUAUCGAAACAAACAAAGAAUUUUUACGAUUAGAAGAUUAUUCGGUUAGUCAAACAAAUCUUGAACAAAUUUUCUUAUCAUUUGCUCGUAAACAACAUGAACGUUUGGAAGAUGUUUUGAAUGAAAAAAUCGAAGAAAAUACCACCGAAGAAAAUGAAACAAAUUUAUAAACGAAAAAAAAUUUAUUUAUUUUUAGUUUUUUUUUUGAAAUUUUAUUUUUUGUUAAUCUUUUCCAAUUGUACAAUUAAUUGUUCAUUUAUUUUACAUUCCUAUUUGUUGUUGUUAAUGUUGUUUUUGAUUAUAAA